AUGGAUACCAAGACAUACGACAUCACCCACUCCGAGGACGUCGCUGGUGGAGGGCAGCAGCAGCGCGAAUAUGGCGACGUUCAAGGUACGGCGCGUAUCCACGCCUCGCGCAUGGAGGAGGCUCUCCUGAAAGAGAAGCCUAGACCACUGCGCAGGAGCUUCUUGAGACUGUAUGGCUGUAUCUUCAUUGCAUAUCUUUGCUCGGCGACCAAUGGCUUUGACGCAAACACUUUUGGUGGCCUGUCCGCGAUGCCACCUUUUAUCGACUUCUUCGGCAUCAACUCCAACAACCAGGGCUUGAUCGCGGCGCUCUAUGUCAUCGGAAACGUGGCCGGCUCCUUUUUCGCCGGCCCUUGCUCGGACAAGUACGGCCGGCGGGUGGGUAUGGCCAUCGGUUCUACGGUCUGCAUUGUCGGCACCAUUCUCCAGGCAGCUGCUCAGAAUCUCGCCACCCUUGAGGGCGGGAGGUUCAUCUUGGGCAUGGGCGCCGUGCUCGUGCAGACCGCGGGACCGAGCUACGUCGUGGAGAUGGCGUACCCGAAGUACCGUGGACAACUGACGGGAGGGUUUCAAGCCUGUUUCUUCCUGGGCACCAUCGUCUCCACUUGGCUUGAAUACGGGCUGUACUACAUCAACACCCAGUCUUCGUACAUUUGGCGACUCCCGCUAGCGGUGCAGGGUCUCCCGUCCAUAAUCAUACUGUGCUUUGUUGGGUUCAUCCCUGAGACGCCUCGAUGGCUGCUCGCCCACGAUCGAAUCGAAGAGGCGAAAGCCGUCUUGGUCAAGUACCACGGCGACGGCGACCCAGACUCGGUCGUCGUGCGGGUCGAGCUCGAAGAGAUGAUGGAGGUCAUCCGCAUGGACGGCGCAGACAAGCGCUUCUGGGACUUCCGCGAGCUCUUCAACACCAGGGCCGCGCGAUAUCGCACCUUUUUGGUCACAUGCAUCGCCUGGUUCGGCCAGCUCGAUCUCCCGCCCACGAGCUACUAUUUCCCCCUCAUGGCCAAGACGGCCGGCAUCACCAGCGUGCAUACCCAGCUGUUGCUGAACGCGCUUCAGACCCCGAUCAUGAUGGUCGCCGCUCUCUGUGGUCUUCGUUUCGUCGAGAAGCUGGGCCGUCGCAAGGUCCUGAUGGUUUCGAGCGCUGGCAUGUCCGCGUCGGUGGCCGUCAUCACGGCGUGCACUGCCAAUCAGGCAGGAAAGCCUGCAGUUGGGGCCACGGGAGUUGCUUUUCUCUACGUCUUUCUCGUCGUCUUUGCCUUUGCGUGGACGCCUAUGCAGUCCCUCUACCCAGCAGAAGUGCUGACAUUCACCGCGAGAGCCAAAGGCAAGUCUUAUCCCCAAGUGUUCACUCCUCCUCCCCCUCCCUCACCACUCUCCACGCGCCAUCGAGGCAUGGCAUACCUGAACUUCAUGGUCAACUGCGUCAACGUGCUCAACACGUACGUGCCGCCCGUGGCCAUCGCCAACUCCGGAUGGCGCUUCUACAUCUUGUACGUGGUCUGGGACGCCUUUGGUGUUGUUAUUAUCUAUUUCUUCUUCGUCGAGACUCGGGGCCGCAGCCUGGAGGAGCUCGACGAGCUGUUCGAGAGCGAGAACCCCAAGAAGGCCAGCUUGGCGUACAAGCAUGUCGUCAUCAAGAGUGAUGGCACCAUCAAGGACGCACUGGAGUGA